CACACGCCCCUUAGUCCUGAAUUAUGGCUACUUGGAGGAACAUCUGCUUUACCUCGGUACUUCUCUUCUUCUUCCUAUGUCAUCCAGGCCUAUGUGAGAGUGAUGGUGAUGAUGGUGGUGGUGAUGGUGACAGAAGCUUAAUGGUGGCGGCAAUCAGCAAGAAGUAUAUGAUGGUAUGGAGUUCUCCCAAUGAUAAACUUGGAAGUUCAUGGUCUGACUUCAACGAUGAUAUAGACUCAGUCCUGUGUACCAGUGACCUGAAUUGUACCGCUGCUCUCUACAACUUGGACUUGGCAUUGAGCUACGAGUCACCCUUACCCUCUAAACCUUACUGUGUAUUACAAAACACCGGGGACGAAGGUUCGAAUCCUGAAGUGGGUCACUGUACAUGUGGUGCCGGUCGGUGUGUCUCGUACAGCCGCUCCUAUAGUUUGGACAACGCUGUCUUCUACUACUGUGGACCUUGUGGAUGGGUUGGUGCACAGUGCACAAACCACUCAUGUACACAUGCGUUAGCUGAGUGUCGUGGUGGUUACUGUGAGUGUACUAACGAUGGCAUCUUCUAUGACCUUACCUAUUGUUACAUUCCCUUCUACUUCAAGUCCAUGGCAAUUGAGAUGUUGGUGUCGACUGCUGUAAUCGCUAUGGUGUGCACCAUCUUCGCUUACGGCUACCACAGAUUCAAUGCACGGAGGCAAAGAGGUUAUCCUGAUAGUUGGUUCCGAAGCAAUACCAGGAGAGAGUCACCAGCUAACGACACGCCCCCGACCUACGACGACGUAGUGGAGAAACUGCCUUCCUACCAAGACGCCCUCAAUAUGGUCAAGGAGGGUGAAGGCGGGAAGACCAACGAUGCCUUCGAGCCAGACGACAUCCAUCUUCCUCCCGCCUACGGUGACGUCAACAACGGAACCACUAACUCCACAUCCAUAGCCAUACCUGAACCUAUGUCCACACUCACACCUAUAACCACAUCCACACCUAUAUCCACAUCCACACAUAUAUCCACAUCCACACCUAUGUCCACAUCUAAAUUCACGCCCGCAUCCACAUCGGAGAAGAUGGAUGAACCGGAUGGAGCUUCAGCGGUUAGUGACGUCGGCGAGAGAGCUUCAGUGUCUCAGCCAGUCACCAGGGAGUAAACAGCAAGCCUUGGAUCCUGAUUGGCUGUCAGUGGAACAAUCUGCUUCAGGGAGUUCCACAGCCUAAGCCAAUGAGCUGCAGGAGUCCUAAACUCCCCAAAAAUGUUCUUCUAUGCAGCCUGAUUAAUUCUUUACUGUUUUAGUUCAUUUAUAUAAUUGCCUAACCUAGCCUAACCUAAGUUAACCUAGCCUAACCUAAGUUAAUCUAACCUAACCUAAGAUAACAUUAACC